GGCCCGGGUGCGGUAUGGAGGCGAAGGCGGCGUCCACGCCGGCUACUGGCGGCGGCGCGUGCUCGGUGACGGCCGAGGAGACCGAAAAGUGGAUGGAGGAAGCGAUGCAAAUGGCCAAGCAAGCCCUAGAAAGUACUGAAGUUCCUGUUGGCUGCCUUAUGGUCUACAACAAUGAAGUUGUGGGGAAGGGACGAAAUGAAGUUAAUCAAACCAAAAACGCUACUCGACAUGCAGAAAUGGUGGCCAUCGAUCAGGCCCUAGAUUGGUGUCAUCGAAGUGGCAAGAGUCCUUCUGAAGUAUUUGAACACACCGUGCUGUAUGUCACAGUGGAGCCGUGUAUUAUGUGUGCAGCUGCUCUCCGCCUGAUGAAAAUCCCGCUGGUUGUGUAUGGCUGUCAGAACGAACGGUUUGGCGGCUGUGGCUCCGUUCUAAAUAUCGCCUCUGCUGAUCUACCGAAUACGGGGAGACCAUUUCAGUGCAUUCCUGGAUAUCGGGCCGAGGAAGCAGUGGAAAUGUUAAAGACCUUCUACAAACAGGAAAAUCCAAAUGCACCCAAAUCAAAAGUUCGGAAAAAGGAAUGUCAGAAACCUUGAACUUGUUCUGAUGAAAGGCUGAUCCCCCUCCAUGACAUUCUUGGACUGAAAGCUGUUGACAUCAUUGAAUCAUGUUUACAUAUGUCCUUAACUCCUGGGGAAAUCAUCUCUCACUAUUUGCUCUGUUGAGGGAACAAAUUAGCACUUUUUAAAAGUCUCCCAAUUAUAUACAAUGAUUAGCUUUUCCAUAAGCUUAAAGAACAUUUUAAGAAGGGGGAAAAAAAAAUAAAGAUCGAGGUUUUAGAAAUUAGUAAGCAGCACGUAACCUUCUUGCCAAAAUCACUGUGCCUAGGCCAGGAAAGUGCUGUUUCAGCGAAUGUGCAUCCAGACCCAGUUAGCGGGCCUGCAUCCAGGCUGGAGUGCGCCACACCGUGGACACCUGCUUUAGGCCUGGCUUUUCAGAAUCGGAUCCUCUAUUCUCUGUAGCCACUCUGUUCUCCCAGGGGUUGAGGGCCCGUGACUUCCUUGGAAUUUGUAUAGGAGUUGUGUACAUCUAGACUAUGAAUGCGUGCUCCUCAGAACACAUUUUUGUUUGUUUGUUCGGUUUUGGUUUUUUUGUGUUUUUUUUUGUUUUUAUAAAGCAGUUAGAGAAAAUGCAUAUUUUUAAAACAAGUACUUGAGCAUCGUUUUUAAAUCAUAGCAUAUUGCUAUAAUAAAACCGUACUUAUGCUUUCUUUGAAGAUGAAGAUGGAUAUUUUCUUAAAAAUAAAAGAUAGAAGCAUAACUGAGACAAUUCCUUCUUUAUUAUUGAGCAGCUAUACUAUGCCAGGCUCCAUUUGUUCAUCGAAUCCAUGAACAGAACAUGGUGCUGCUAUUCUAGCAGGGGGACACACCUUAUAGAUUAUAUAGUAUUUUAGAAGAUGUUAAGAAUUAUGGCAAUAAGAAAAAGAACAGGGGUCCCGCAUCGGGCUCCCUGCUUGGCAGGGAGCCUGCUUCUCCCUCUGACCCUCC